AUGUUUGAUCUACUGACCGCACUGAGCAUUGCAGCCGCCGUAGUUCAGUUCGUAGACUAUGGCAGCGACAUCGUUGGCACCACCUACCGGAUAUAUAAGUCGGCCGAUGGCGCUCUUGACGAGAACGUGGAUACGGAACGGAUAAUCAUCCGUCUUCGGGACAUCAGUCAAGAGCUGACCAUUGCGUCCAGUCUUGACAACUAUGGCUUUAUCGCAGGUGAGAAACAGCUGCAGGCAACAGCAGGGGACUGCCAGAAGGUAGCCAAAGAGUUGCUGGACAUGUUGCAAGAGCUGGCCCAAACCAGGUCUCGGUUCAAAACAUGGGACGCGAUGCGCAAGGCGUUGAAGGCCGUACGUCAAAAGGAUUACGUCGAGAAGCUACAGAUCCGGCUUGAGUGCAUAAAGAGCCAGAUGGCUUCACACUUGCUGCAAAUCUUGGGGAAGGUCCGACAAUGCCAGCAGGAUAUCAACCAGCAGUCGCGAUUGGCGAGUGCCCUUCGCCAUCAUGUUGAAGUGUCCGAGAAUCUAAAACUUGGUAUGAAAAAGGAUCUCGAAGAUGCCAAACGAGAGCUGGUCGGUUCCAUAUCGGAGGUCCAAACAGCAACCUCGCAGAUAGAGACCGAGAUUGAUGACUGGGGUCAAUUACUCUUGACGAAGAUGGAUGCCAUGUCAGACGUUGCUAACCGUAUCGCGACGUCGAAGGAUCUGCUGGACAGUCUUCACUUCACGGAAAUGCCUAUGCGUCACAUCCAGAUCCCAGUGGCGUACGCCGACACAAAUUCGUGGAUAUUUGAGGCCGAGAACGGCCCAUUUCGGAAUUGGCUGGAAGCAUCGAGUGGUAUAUUCUGGAUCGGCGGCAGAGCUGGCAGUGGGAAGUCGACAUUGGUAAAAUUUCUGGCUGAUCACAAACGCACUCGAAGACUUCUCAGAAAGUGGGCUAAGAUCCGUGACGACACAACAAAGUCCGAAGAGGUUAGUAGACUCGCUAUUGCGAGCUACUACUUUUGGAACUCCGGGUUUUCUAUACAAAAGUCGCUCGGAGGCUUGCUGCAAAGCCUCUUGUAUCAGAUCUUCCAUCAGUGUCCGUCCUUACUUCGUUCCGCCUGCACACAACGUUGGGAAGCCCUCGAAAGCGGAGAGAGCAGACCUGACAGCUGGACCACGGAAGAGCUGUCGAAGGCCAUGGACGCUUUGCUGUUGGAUAGUUCAUGGACUUCCCAUUUCUGCUUCUUCAUCGAUGGCCUUGACGAGUAUGAAGGCACUUCCGGAGAACAACACGCCAUGGUAAAGGGUCUCGACCGUCUAGCUGCACAUCCAUGCGCAAAGGUUUGCGUGUCCAGUAGACCAUGGAAUGUCUUUCGAACUGCGUAUGAUAAGAAUGAGAGCCAUAGGCUUCUGCUGCAAGAUCACAAUCGGGCGGAUCUCGACACGUACAUCUCAGGUAAACUUGAGGCAGAUGAUCGGUUCAAGGCGCUUGCUGCUAGCGACGAAAGAGCAUCGGCUUUUGCGCUGGAGAUAAGGCAGAAAGCAAAUGGCGUUUUGCUCUGGGUAUUUCUGGUCGCGCGCUCCCUUCUGGAUGGCUUGACCGAGGAAGACGACAUACAUAUGCUGCAAGUCAGAUUGGACGCGUUGCCACCUUCACUCGAGGACUACUUUGCACUUAUGCUUAAGUCGAUUGAUGCAGCCUACCGCAAGUACACUGCUCGGGCUCUACUGCUUGCCUGUCAUGCGACGCAACCAUUGCCCACGCUUGCAUACUAUCACCUGAAUGUGGAACUGAAUAAUCCUCACUACGCCAUAAAGGCUCCGGUGCAGACGGACUCAUCGUCCGAGCUGGAUGCCCACAGACGAGGUGUGAUCUCGUGGAUCAACAAGUGGUGUCGAGAUCUUCUCGAAGUCAGUCCCAUUCGAUGGGGAAGCGAUCCCCUUGGUCUCCUGCAAGACUACCGCGUGGACUUUCUGCAUCGGACUGUACGAGACUUUUUGGCCGACGAGGGCAUGCAAACAACGUUUGCACGAGACGCUGGCGCUGACUACAACCCACGCUUAUCACUCUGCCGGUCGUAUCUGAUGCUGGCGAAAGCGUAUGUCAGCACAUCGUCGCAAACACAGGGAUCAGAGGGCUUUUAA